AUGAUAAAAUUUAAAAAUAUAUCGAAAUAUUUUAAAAUAAAAUUUAGGAAAGCCCUUGUAUGGUUUGUUGGAUAUUUAGAUCAAAAUUACUUUUUUAGAUUUCACUUGUUAUACUUUGUUACAUUAUCACUAGUAGGCGCAUUAAUAAUAUUUCUCAUAGAGAUUAAAUCAAAAGUAUCAUUCAUCGAUUGUUUAUAUAUUUCAGCAUCUGCAAUUACUACCACUGGUUUGGUAUCAGUUGAUAUUUCGCAAUGGUCAAAUGCUGCAUUAUUUGUUGUUAUGGUAUGGGUUCAGUUAGGUUCCACUGUAUUGUUAACAUUACCAAUAGUUUUAUUACGAAGAUACUUUAUUAGAAACUCUUAUAACAAUCCAAAGAGUUUGGGUGACAGUAGCAACACCUCAUCUUUGAAAGAAAGCCAUAGCACUCCAAAUCUCUUAUCUUCUUUUAUAGAUCCAUUCCAUACAAUGACUGAAAGCUUACACUUGGAUCAACCUUUAGAAUUCAGUGAUGAUGAUGACGAAGAAAACGAAGAUAAUAGUGACCAUAGUAAAGGGGACGAAGAAAAUCAAUAUGAAGAUGACCACAGUGAUAAUCCAAAGUACCAACACGAUGACGAAAUUGGUGCCCACCAUGAAGAUGACAUAGAAAUUGGUGGUGUUUUAACAAUGGAUACUCCAAUAGGUAUUGACGAUCAUUCCGAUGAAGAGUCUCACCACGAUUAUAAAACCCCAAUAAUGAAAUCCAAAACCAGUCCAAAUACUUUAACAACAGUCAAUACUUCAAGCUCAUCAUCAUCAUCAAUAAAAACAAACAACACAAAUAAUAACAAUAAUACCAAUAACGAUAACAACAACAACAACAAUAAUAACAAUAACUCCAAUAACAAUAAUGGGAACACCAACAGCAUUGUUAUUAACAAGAGUUCACCAAAGGUUGUUUCAACAACUCAUGUUCAUAGUUAUGUCGAUAAUAUGGAAUAUAGAUCAUUAGGAAAACUAUUAGUAAUUAUCCCAUUAUACAUUGUUGUAAUUUAUUUUAUCGCUUUCUUUUCAUUAGCUAUUUAUAUUCAAGCCAAUAGCAAUUCACAAGAAAUUAUGAAAAAAAACAAUGUCAAUGGCUGGUGGUGGACUUUGUUCCAUGUUAUCUCUGCAUUCAACAAUGCUGGUCUUGGUUUGUUCCCCGAUAGUCUUAUUCAAGUUAAUCAUAAAUAUUUCAUUUUAUUAGUAUUAUCCACUUUAAUUAUUGUAGGUAAUACAUUGUUCCCAUUUUUCCUUAGAGGUAUACUAAGAAUAAUUUCAAAGUUUACAAAAGAUCCAGAUCCAUACAAUAAUUUAUUAGAUAAUCCUAGAUCAAUCUUUACUCAUCUUUUCCCAUACAAAGAAACCAUUAAAUUGUUUUUAGUAUGGAUUAUUUUCAAUGUUUCUCAAAUUUCAUUGAUGGCUCUAUUCGAUACCAACGAUAUUGCAUUCACUAAUAUGAAUGCUGGUGAAACAUUAUUAAAUUAUUAUUUCUCUUCAAUUAGCACAAGAACAUGUGGAUUUAAUUCAAUCGAUAUUUCAUUAUUAUCAGAAUCAGUAUUAUUAUUAUUUUUAGGUUUAAUGUUUGUUUCAAGUUAUCCAUUUAUUAUUUCUCUUAGAUCAUCUGCUGUUAAUAAUAAAUAUUCAAAUCAAAGAGAUGUUAUGAAAGAUAUUUUAAUUAGAGAUAUUUUCAUUCCAUAUGUUUGUAUAUUAUCAAUUGCAAUUUUUGAAAAUCAAUUGUUAGAAAGUGGUAGAGCAUCAGUCUUCCAAUUAAUCUUUGAAAUUGUUAGUGCUUUUGGUAAUGUUGGUUUAACUAUGAGCCCAGGAGGCCACGCAAUUUCAACUCUCUUAAGACCAAUUUCAAAACUCAUAGUCGUCAUAACAAUGUUAGCUGGCAGACAUAGAAACUUACCAGAGUCAAUUGAUCAAUCUAUUAAUCCUGCUACAUUAAAAAAGAACUCUAUAAUUUCCAAAAUCAUCACAAGAUAUAAAAGAAGAAAAUUAUAA